AUGGCUUCUAGACGGCAGAGCCUCGUGGCCGACGAUGACCAUCUGGCUGCUUUGGGAAUCCAGCAGGAAUUGAAGAGGAAUUUCAGCCCUCUUUCUAUGUUGGGCCUCGCCUUUGCAAUUCUCAACUCAUGGACCGCACUAUCAACAUCGAUGAGCUUGGCUCUGCCCUCUGGUGGAUCCACUUCGGUCAUUUGGGGCCUCGUUACAGCGGGAUUCUUCAACUUAUGCAUUUCUGCAUCACUGGCAGAGUUUCUAUCGGCCUAUCCGACCGCUGGAGGCCAGUAUCAUUGGGUACAUAUCAUCGCAUGGGAUAGCUGGAAACCAAUCCUCUCGUGGGUGACUGGCUGGAUCAACUGCUUUGGAUGGAUGGCUCUAGUCGCUACAGGAGGUCUACUCGGCAGCCAGAUCAUCAUUGGCAUCAUCCACCUGUAUCAUCCCUUCUAUGAGCCACCAGCGUGGCACCAAUUCCUCAUAUACAUCGGAUACAACACCUUUGCAGCAUUGUUGAAUGCCUUUGGAAACUCGAUCUUACCUUUGGUGAACAAGACAGCAAUCAUCUGGAGUAUUUCUGGAUUCAUCAUCAUAUGUAUCACUGUGCUGUCAUGUGCCUCUCCUAAUUACAGCAGCGGAGAAUUCGUCUACCGGAAUUUCAUCAACACGACAGGAUGGCCGGACGGGAUCGCCUGGAUGCUGGGCUUGCUUCAGGGAAGUCUUGGCCUUACUGGAUACGAUGCCACCGCCCACAUGAUCGAAGAGAUUCCCAAUGCUGCGAUUGAAGGACCGAAGAUCAUGAUCUACUGUGUCUUGAUUGGACUCUUUACCGGGUUUGUCUUCUUGUCGAGUUUACUCUUCGUUGCUGGAGAUAUCACCGAGGUUAUUAAUUCGAAAGCUGGGCCAUUAAAUCAAAUCAUAUUCAACGCCACAAAUAGCAACGCCGGCACUGUUUGCCUGCUCAUAUUCCCUUUGGUCUGCCUGCUAUUUGCGACCACCUCCAUCAUGACCACUUCAUCUCGAAUGACUUAUGCAUUCGCUCGAGAUGGCGGGCUGCCAUAUUCCCRGAUAUUCUCCCGCGUCCACAAAAAGCUCGAUGUGCCUCUUGAGGCGCUCGGUCUCACCGUGGUCGUGGUAGUCAUCUUCGGACUCAUUUUCCUCGGCUCAAGCAGCGCAUUCAACGCAAUCGUCUCGGCGUCUGUGGUAUCGCUAGGUGUCUCCUACGGAAUUCCGGUCGCCAUCAACUUACUCCGUGGUCGUCGGAUGCUUCCUCCAACCCGUUCCUUUGUGCUUCCGGAAUGGCUCGGCUGGUCAGUCAACAUCCUCGGAGUUGCCUUUGUCAUUGUGACAACCGUCUUGUUCGUCUUCCCGCCAGAGCUCCCAGUGAGCGGCUCAAACAUGAACUACUGCAUUGUUGCUUUCGCUGUAGUCUUCAUCAUCUCUCUCAUCCAGUGGUUUGUGGAUGGGCAAAAGAACUACUCGGGACCAAAAGUACACUUUGAGGAUCUUCCGGUUUUGACGGCUACGCAUAGUCCCGAGGGCUUUCCGACGCGGGAGCUCGGAGAUGUAUCGAUAGAUGUCAACGGCAAUGGUAAAAGCAUAUAG